AUGACCGGGAAACGAGGAUUAGAGCUCCCCCCUGGCAAAGAAUCGGCAAAUAAAAGGCAGCAGUAUGGUGGAGACAUUGAUCUAGAAACUUUGGUGUCGCAGAUCCAGCAGAAUACCUCUGGGACCGAGCAUCCACCCCAACUUACGAUCGAAGAGAUUGAAGGUGCCCUCGCGUCGUUCCAACAGGGCCAGACGCUGCCCAGUGGUGCAGCUUCACAAACGCAAGCUAUUCCAAAUGCUAAUCGCCCUCUUACUCUGCUGCAAUCUGGCUCCAAUGACCAACAGGCCCGUGGAAAUGUCGCGAGUGCUCCCACCCUUCCUCAGCUCAAUGAACCUUUGCGUCAUUCGGCACAGUACAGCGACCAAUUGCGCUCUCAAUUGAGCAUAGACACUCAGCCCGACAAGGAAAAUGGACCAGCAGUGUGCCAUCUCCGCGGUAAAAUGCUACCAUUCCUUGACUCCCUCGCGUGCCAGUUACUCGAGUCUUUGUCGAGCUCCCAUCACCAGGAAACUCUUAAUAUCGUUACGCAGCCGCUCAGUGAUCGUGGCCGUGCCUAUCGCAUGGUAGUCGAUUUGUUCGAGGAAACGAAACGGGUGUUUGUUCCCGAAGAGGUCCCCUUCAUUGCAGCUUCUGUCCCGGGUAUUGGCAGUGAUCGUUCUAGCCUGGCCAUGGUUCAAAGAAUAAAUCUUGCUACUUUCUGUGCAGCAGUAUUCGGGUCAAUCCAAAUCGGAUUUUCCGAACUUAAUCGCUCGUUUAUGGCAGCUUUCGUGCCCGAUGGAGGCCGUCUUUUAAAAAGCCAAAACGGCCUCUUCUUGGAACUCAAAACCCAAGCUUAUAUUUCCGCAUUGUCGCAAAAGGAACGUCCCCACGAGGAGGUACUUGAGGAGCUUUUUCCAAAAAAUAUGGCAGAAGAGUGGGCUGCUGCUAGAGGCGACCGCCAGCAAUUAACCCCUGCCGAAAAUGACUUCAUUACUCGAUGUACAAAACGCCGCGAAAACAUUGAGAGCGAAACUGGCCAAAUAGAGCUUGCCAAGCGUUACCAAUGGGUGUUUUUCUUGCGUGACUUAAGUGACUAUGUUGGCAAACAUUAUGAUGCUAUUGCGCAGAAAUACGAAUUCAUGCCCCCUAAUGCUAUCUCGGCUGGCACGACAGCUCCAACUUCAAACACUGGAACAUCCAGCUCGAAAGCAACCGCGGCUGUCGCUGCUCCUACUUCGGCCCAACCGGCCACAUCUGCCUCAAACACCCCCUCUCCUGCCCCUACGUCUACCGCUCCCACAGCUUCUCCUGCUCCGGAAGAACCUAAGCGGACACGUAGAGAACUAGGUGAGAAAGCCAAGAAAAAGGCAGCCGAGAACAACGGACAGCUACAUACUGGUGACACCUUGGCAGAAUACUCAGCGGCAAGAUCGUCAGCAGAGGGUCAAGAAGCCUUGCGAUUUCCUCGUACAUCAGCGCUCACAAGACGUUCUUGGACUAAAGAGGAGGAGGAGGCGCUUCUGCGUGGUUUGGACAAAGUCCAGGGUCCUUAUUGGGCUCAAAUUUUGGAACUAUAUGGCCCUGGUGGCUCAAUCAGCGAGGUACUGAAAGAUCGCACACAAGUGCAACUCAAAGACAAAGCAAGAAAUCUGAAAAUGUUUUUUGUCCGAGUCGGACUACCCGUUCCUGCUGUUUUCGAGUAUGUUACAGGUGAUUACGAGACCCGCAGGACAAGUGGACGUCGUGCCCGUGAUAAGAAACGCUUCGAUGAAGCACGUGUUCAAUCGAGAAGAGCACCACCGGCCCAACAGCAGUCUCAGAAUGUUCAGACAGUGCAAGCACAGCAAGCACUACCAUUGGAUAACCUGCUUCCUGCCAAUGACCAUGCAGGUGCUGGACCGGUAGCCGCUGCGGCCAGUCGUCCUUCUCAGCCAUUGCAGGACGACUCAAUGCUUCCUACUGCCGAAGCACUCGAUCGUGCACUCAAUUUGUUCAAAGAGGGUGGCUCAGGAAAUCCAGGAUUGGCCGCAGAAUCCACCGAGAACUCUCUUCAGCAUCUUAUCCAGAGUGUCGGCGAUUAUAUCAACAACCAACAGUGA